AUGAAAAAAUAUCCGCUAAUCGUGCAAUUUCCAUCUCAUUAGAAUAGCUGGUUAAAUGUGUGCAGAAUUUUUCGAAUGCCCAAUGAAUCGUCAUUUAUGUUCGGUGCCGAACAUGUUGCUGAAUGGCAAACACAAUAACAUUCGAAAAAAAAACAAAUUAAUGUUUGGGGUUUUUGGAUCAACUAAAAAUAUCAUCAUUGUAUUUAAAUCAUCAUAUCAUAUAGUAUCAUUUUCCCUAAUUUGAUCUAAUUGUUUUUUAUGAUUAUCAACAUGAGUCAAUACUCGAUGUGAUUUAUUAGAUGCGGCGUUUUUUUGUUGGUUGCAACAUAAGUAUAAAAAUUAUUUGAUUAUUGUCAGCUCAAAAAUGGAAAACAUCAACUCUAAAUGGAUCAAUCUGAUUUAUUCGUCGUGUAUUUUUGUCAAUCAUUUUGCAUUUGGAAUAACAUCGAAUACAUUAUGGCCAGCUUUGGUUGAUUUGAGUAAAAUUUACCAGGUUUCAGAAGAAACAAUUGGUUAUCUUGCAACAUUUUCAUCACUUGGUUAUCUCAUCGGAUCAUUAAGUGGAACAAUCUACAAAUGGCUUAAUCGACAAUUAGUACUCAUAUGUAUGGUAUCGCUAAUCGCAGUGACGAUGGCUUUUGUUCCAUAUUAUGGUUCAGUCUACCUGUUGUUUGCUGCGGUAACAUUUAAUGGAAUCGGUGGUGGUUCAUGGGAUAGUUCCAACAAUAUCUGGCUUGUUGAAAUGUGGCCAAAUAAACAUGCUUCUGUGAUGCAAUCGUCACAAUUUAUGUAUGGUCUCGGUACAAUCAUAAGUCCUACUUUGAUUUCACCAUAUGUAUCGGGAAAUUCUACACAAGAGACUCCGGCAAUGAGAAUAAAAUCCCUACGUACACCAUUUGCAAUUGUUGGUGCGAUCCAAAUAAUAGUGCCUAUAAUUUUUCUGAUAUUAUUCAUCAUACGAAGAUAUCGUAAAUCUGGUGAUUUUGAUGAUGAACAUGAUAGUGAAGAAAUUCAAACAGUAACCGGUGUUAGUAGCAAUCAUAUUAGUGAAUAUCAAUCAUUAAGAAAAUUCAAGUUAAUUCUGGUUGCAUUGCUUUUGGGCACUUAUGAUGCAGCCGAAUUGGGUUAUUUCUAUUAUUCACCUACAAUGUUACAACAUUUAUCUAUUGAACCCUCUGAAGCUGCUCAUGUUCUUUCUGUUUUAUCGGCUGCCUAUACAAUCGGUCGAUUAGUAACGGCAUUCAUUUCUCUUAAAUUGACUCCCGACAUAAUCAUGACCUAUCAUUUUGUCAUAAUAAUUGCUGCACAAACUUGUCUUUAUUUUGGACGUCAUAAUCGAACAAUCAUCUAUAUUACAACCGUUUUACUUGGUUACGGUUUUUCAGCCAUGUGGCCAGCAAUUCUAGCAUUUACUGAACGUCAUUUUAAAUUAUCAAAUCGAAUCGGUUCAUUAUUAUUCUUUUUUGCCGGGUUGGCAACAAUUUUCACACCAUUUUUGAUUGCCCGUUAUCUAGAAACAUGGCCUGAAGUUUUAUUUGUAUUUGAAGCAAGCUAUCUAGUGGCCAGUAUUAUUAUUUUCAUAUCGGUCAAAUUAUUAUUAAUAUUUCGACCAUAACAAAAAAAGAAGAAAC